AUGCUGCGGAGGCAGAGCACCAAGUCCCGAUCCGAUCCUGCCCGGCGCAAAUCAGUCUCCUCCGGCCGAAGCGUAUGCCUCGAACACCUCGAUGCCGACGUAGCUUUACGCGAUGCUCAUAUUGCUGCGCUACAUGCAUACAACCAGGGCACGGAUCGCUCGGCGCAAGCGCAGCGCCUUUUCCCCGUUUCUUUAUCUAGAUGUCAUUCAUCCAAGGAAACGUCCACGCUCUCGCGAAGUAGCAGCCUCGCUACUCAGGCACACCGACGAUUCGCCAAUACGGGGGCCACCAAGGUUCGGAGUGUUCGCUACGUGAGAUCAGCAUCUCAAGCAGAUCAAGCCAAGGAUGAGGAGAGGAGAGCGUAUACGCCGAGUACCCCAAGAGAGCAUGACCAUUGCUCUGAGAACAAUAAUCAAGUUCGAGAUGAAACACAUGGUCAUGGCAUGCUAAAGAGCCCGGUCUGUAACCUUUCUAAGACGAGUGGUGCCAAUACCGUUAUCAAACAACAUGACACGCUCAUUCUGGACAAUUCACAAGGAGAUGGCGCGGAUUACUACACACCUGAAGAUGAUAUUGCCUCCCAGGCGUUGUCAUUUCGCAGCCUUCGCAGAUCUCAGUCCAUGUUCACCUCCCAUCAGAAAUCUUUAAGAUCACCAAACCCAGGAGGCGUGGGCCAUCUGAAGGAGAAUCGCCAACCCUCAACAAUAUUUCCCGCCUCUCAUGCAGAUUUGGACUGGCCCGGUCAGUCACCUCAAGACCAAGCGUCCUUGUUCCCACUCAUCUCAAAGGAGCCAUAUGAAGGUGAGGCCACUUGCACCGCAAGCAGACUCACCCCCGACUCAAGUUUGAUCCCACAGCCAUUGAGGCUCGCAUCAACGACCGUGCAAGAGCCAGCAAAGCCACUGCCACCUUCAGCAAUGAUGAGAAAGUCCCUCCGCAGCAGCAGCUCGAACAGCGCGGUACCCUCAUUUGCUGGGACGGGCAAGUCUACUAUUAAACGGGAUGGCAGUCUGAAGAUAGUUGCGAGAAAAGCUUCCCAAUCGUUGAAGUCGAAGUUCAGAACACUCCUCGGUCGCCCAAAGACGGAUCUUGACACUGAGCCACUCCAAGAGCAACAGACAGUAGCUUUAGCAUCGAUAUUUGACAGCGAGGCAUCUUCACCAGCAAGCAAACGCGGCGAGCACCCCAGCGACGCUGGGACAGUAUCCAAUGUUCAGCAAAAUCUCGUGUCCCUUUACUCAUUUCCUUCUACCGAAAGACUGAAGUCUCAGCAAGGCCUGAUAGGCGACAUCAGUUGUGGUGAACCGAAUUCGAGCUACCGCGACGAGGAAUCUCGCGCCACCAGCUGGGCUGGCUCAAGCCUGGUCUCCGCUGGUCAUCCAUGGGAGGAGUCUUCUGACUGGCAACGGCAAAGGCUCUCCGUGAUUGACGAACACCACAACCACUGCCCUUCGCCGUCACUCCAGCGCCAGCGCAGAGCGAAUCUUGGAACAAGCCCACCAGCCACGCUGGCGGGUUGCCAAGCUCAAAUUGCGGCCAUGCCAGGUGCAACAUUCGACACUCAGCGAUUGUACUCCGCGCUGAUGAAGAAGUUGGACGAGGGGAGGGAACCAUCGCGCACAAGGCGGCCGUAUGCUCCAAGCGACGCGUUAUCUAACCCAUUUCGCACCGUUUCGCCAACGGCUACAAACACCAGCAAUAAUCAAGGGGGAUCAGGGGCUUCAGCAUCCACGACCCCCACGAUACAAAAGCCUUCGGCCACCGAUGAUGGGACACGCAAGGAUGAGGGCUACGAAAAUCCCAACGCCUCUUGCUACCACGACCCAUCACUGGACAGUCCGUCCUUCCACCUAUUCAGGACUGCAAGCAGCUACCGGAUUGCACUCCAAGAAAGCAUGCAGGCAAGUGAGGGUGCGAUGAGACAUGAGGCCUCUCCGAUUCUCACCAAGAGCAGAAGCUAUUCUGCUAGCGAAUAUUCAUCACACGGCACCAGCGAGUCACAGGCCGCAGCUGAAAUCCGGUCGAUUCUGCAAGGAUUCACAAAAUCCCCAGAUAUGAUGAGAAGCAAAGCUGAAGGACAACGCGACUGGCAUGAUCGAUCUAUCAAGAAGUCUGAUACGGCGCCAGGAAGUUCAAUCGACUGGCAGUCAUGGCUGACAGACAAUGCAUGCAGCAUGGAAUUACAGUCUUCCCCUGCGCGGAGUGUAAGGUCCUCGACUACUACGCAGGCUCUUCUCAGGAUCCCGAAGUGCCGGGGCCAUGUCAGGGAGCCAGCUCAGAUUUCUGAUGAGAGUGAUGGCCACGAUUCAUCGGAUUUCGCAGACGAUGACCCAGUAUUGGCCGCAACGCCUCUAUCUAUAGAGAGGGCGACCCCAUGGCAGCCAUCCCUGGCUCGUCUGAAUAUGUCCACUACAACAAAUCUCGUCGAGAAUGAAGCUCCGAGCUCCAUUUCUAAAGACGAGAUGAAUGGAGAUGCUUCAUUGCCGGAUAGCACCCCGCCACCUGUUCCUCCUAGGAACCCACUUCGAGAUUUAUCCUCUGGGGUUGGCAAUAGCCUUACCAUUGAGGAAUCAGUACAGUCUACUAAGAAGCAAUAUUAUCACCCUCGGACACCAGAAGAUAGACUGCUCGCGGCCAGGCGGGCGAAGUCUUUGGCUCGCCUCCGCUCACUGAAGAAGCUCCAUGCGGCGGGAAAUGAUAGAAACAGCGCGCCCACUUCUGCUUCGGCGAGGCUCGGAGGAUAUGCGGCUCGAGCGCUCGACGGACACGGCGUUGGCUCGACGACUUCUAGUCCUGGACUGACCACGGCUUUGCAGAGGCAAUUUGGCCCACGCCCGCAUGCUAGACUGGGGAAGUCGCAGGACCGGCUCGCGGACAUGUCGGAGGAACAUCGCAACGAUCCAGGAGUCGACGGCCAGGCAGAUGCCUGCGAGACGACACCCUCGUUGCAACCUCCCCUGGGUGGGCAGAGGAUAGUCGACAUCUUUCUGAGCAGCCGCAGGAAGCGUAUGGUUAGCACUGACGAAGGGGGAACUGCGUUUGUAUGA